AUGGGAGUGUUCACUUUCGUGUGCAGAAGCUCCGGAGAAGACUGGACGGCUAAGCAGCUCAACGGCGAGCUGGAAGCUUCUGCGGGCUCCACCUUCGAGCUCCAGCGCAAGCUCGUCCAGGCGGCUCUCUCCUCAGACUCAUCCGGCGCCGUCCAGUCUUCCUUCUCCCAUGUCACCCCUUCGUCCGGCGUGUUUCAGGUGAUCAUCGGCGGCUCCGGUGGCGGUGGCUUUAUCGGUGGCGGUGCAGCUGCUCCCGCGGCCUCCAGCGGUGGUGCGGCUGCUGAAGCACCUCCGGCCGAGGAGAAGAAGGAAGAAAAGGAAGAGAGUGAUGAUGACAUGGGAUUCUCACUUUUCGAUUAG